UAUGCCCACUUAUCUUGGGUCCUUGCUGCGGCUGUAGGGUGUCUAGGGCUGCUGGUCAGCUCUGGUCUAGACGCGCAGGGGUCUGCAAGCGUGAGGCAGCCUUCCAACCUGGCUUCCCGGGAUGUCGGUGGCCUUCGUGCCGGACUGGCUGAGAGGCAAGGCGGAAGUCAAUCAGGAGACGAUCCAGCGGCUCCUCGAGGAGAAUGAUCAGUUGAUCCGCUGUAUUGUGGAAUAUCAGAACAAAGGCCGGGCGAAUGAAUGCGUCCAGUACCAGCAUGUGUUACACAGAAAUCUCAUUUAUUUGGCCACCAUCGCAGACGCCAACCCAACCAGUGCUUCAAAAGCAAUGGAAUAAUCUUCCAGUUGGCUGUUGUGAGGAGUAAUCAAAUGUAAUCUAUUUCCUAGGAAAUAGAGGUAGGAUUCUUACCAACUCACCUGCUUUGAAGGUGAAUGGAAGCUCUGUAGCUCUUUUAAAAACGUGAAAAUGCAAAGAAAGCUACUAAAUUAACCGUAUUCUCAGAGAGAAUAUUUAUUUUAAUAAUUAAGCGGAUUCGCUCAAUUAAGUUGACUCCAGGUGUCCUCCUUCCUGAAAUAAGUGUGUUCGGACAUCAGGGGCAUCUUCGAGUCUACCUUUUCAGUUUCAACGUGAAGAGGAAACUGAGCAGGUAUUGGGCGAGACUCCCGACUGAGACCCUGCCAAUGGACAUGUAACUGUGUGUGCCCUCCUACCAGUUUGUGGUUGUGGACCCCCUGACUGCUCUUUUCAGGUUGCUUUGAAAUAAAGCUUGCCUUUCCACAAAAGA